AUGGCUUUAAGAAGAAUUGUUGGUGCUUAUCGCACAACUCCUAUUGCGGUACUACAAAAGGAAGCUGGUAUUAUGCCAUAUAGUAUUAGGCUAAAAUUUAUGGUGGCACGAAAAGCUAUUCGUUUACACCUAAAUAUUAGCAAAACUAAUCCUAUUAAUGGUCAUUUGUUAACAUUGAUUGAGAAAUCUCCAAUUGCAAAGCUAACCACGCUUUACAUGUUGGCGAAAGAUGAUAGAGACUAUAUGAUUAAAAUAGAUGAAAAACGAAAAUGCAAGAGGGUUGAACCUCUUACACUGAAACAACAACAAAAUCAGACGAUUGGAAUUUUGAAAAAACAAGCAAUGGAAGAAUGGCAAGAAAUGUAUUGGAACAGCAGUAAGGAUCUGUGGUAUCAUAAUAUCACAGUGGAGUCGAAAUGUACUGAUAAUCUUUCCAAAAUGGUUACGGGAGUGAUCAUGAAGAAAGAUAGUCGAAGGAUCUUGAGUAAUAUUACUCAAUUUCGCACAGGCCAUGGCAACUUUGGCGCAUGGUUUAAAAAGUUUGGAAUUGAAAAGGAUAGUUACAACUGCAAAUGUGGAGAGCUGGAAACAGUUCAUCACAUUUUAGUUGAGUGUCCUUUGCUUGAAGAGGAAAGAAAAGGACUGAAACGGAUAUCUCCAGAGAUGGACAUGUCGACUCUCUUAAACAGUUUAACUGGCUUACAAGAGAUUAAGGAAGUUAAAUUGCUUGGAAUUACUUUGAACAAUCUGCUUGAUUUUAAAUCUCAUAUUUUGAAUAAAAUCAAUAAAGCAAGAAAAGCUGUUGGUGCUAUUUGGCAUCUUGGUGGCGUGCAAAAAGGUAUGCGAGGGUCUGCAGUCAGAUCACUGUAUAUUGCUUGCGUGAGACCAAUUGUCGAAUAUGGCUUAGAAAUUUGGCAUCACAAAAUUUUGAAAGGAGAAAUCCACAAGUUGGAAGUAAUGCAGAAUAUGGCUUUAAGAAGAAUUGUUGGUGCUUAUCGCACAACUCCUAUUGCGGUACUACAAAAGGAAGCUGGUAUUAUGCCAUAUAGUAUUAGGCUAAAAUUUAUGGUGGCACGAAAAGCUAUUCGUUUACACCUAAAUAUUAGCAAAACUAAUCCUAUUAAUGGUCAUUUGUUAACAUUGAUUGAGAAAUCUCCAAUUGCAAAGCUAACCACGCUUUACAUGUUGGCGAAAGAUGAUAGAGACUAUAUGAUUAAAAAGGAUGAAAAACGAAAAUGCAAGAGGGUUGAACCUCUUACACUGAAACAACAACAAAAUCAGACGAUUGGAAUUUUGAAGAAACAAGCAAUGGAAGAAUGGCAAGAAAUGUAUUGGAACAGCAGUAAGGAUCUGUGGUAUCAUAAUAUCACAGUGGAGUCGAAAUGUACUGAUAAUCUUUCCAAAAUGGUUACGGGAGUGAUCAUGAAGAAAGAUAGUCGAAGGAUCUUGAGUAAUAUUACUCAGUUUCGCACAGGCCAUGGCAACUUUGGCGCAUGGUUUAAAAAGUUUGGAAUUGAAAAGGAUAGUUACAACUGCAAAUGUGGAGAGCUGGAAACAGUUCAUCACAUUUUAGUUGAGUGUCCUUUGCUUGAAGAGGAAAGAAAAGGACUGAAACGGAUAUCUCCAGAGAUGGACAUGUCGACUCUCUUAAAUAGUUUAACUGGCUUACAAGAGAUUGUAAGCUUUAUCUCUGCUUGGAGGGAUUAA